AUGGCGUGUCCUUUCCUCCAGGAUCCAGUUGAUAUCGAAGCGCAAAUUAUUCGCAGAGCUCUUCGUCGCGAACGAGUAAUUAGACCCAGAUUAGACAUACUUUCAUUUCCCGAUGAAUUUCUCCGCGAACGCUACCGUUUUUCCUCGCAGUCAAUUAUAUACCUAAACAAUAUUCUUAAGCCACACAUUUCAAAUAUCACACAUCGUGGAUCAGCCCUCACUUCUUUGCAGACUUUAUGCAUUGCUCUCCGUUUUUUUGCCAAUAGAUCUUUUUUAUACAAUGUAGGAGACGCUGAACACCUAGGCAAGGCAACUGUAUGUCGGUCAGUCCGCAAAGUAUGCCUAGCAUUAAAACGGUUGUUGUACAAUUUUGUGGUGUUCCCUGGGCAUAAGCCUAUAAUGAACAUCAAAGAGGAAUUCCAUAGAAUUGCAGGAUUUCCAAGAGUCAUUGGAUGCAUGGAUGGAACCCACAUUCCUAUUAAAGCACCUGCAGAAAAUGAAGAGGAUUAUGUAAACAGAAAAUCCUUCCACAGCAUUAACAUACAGAUCAUAUGUGAUGCUACCAACAUCAUUACAAAUGUUGAAGCCAAAUGGCCAGGCUCUGUGCAUGAUGCAGGGAUUUUUCAUGAGUCUGCACUAUACCAUACAUUUGAUCAAGGACAAUAUGACGGCCUCAUUCUUGCAGACAGAGGGUAUUCCCCAUUGCCAUAUGUGAUGACACCAUACCCUGACCCUGGACCUGGACCACAGUCACGCCACAAACUGGCCCUCUGCAGAACAAGAGCAAGGGUUGAAAUGACAAUCGGUAUCCUCAAGGCCAGGUUUCAGUGCCUGCGGGGGCUCAGGGUCACCCCAGAGAGGGCAUGUGACAUUAUAGUGGCAUGUGUGGUAUUGCACAACAUUGCCACCAUCAGAAGGGAGCAACAUCCUGCCAUACCCCAAAUAGAUGAUGAGGAGGAACCUCAUCUUAAUGUACUUGAACACAGAACACUGCAUGGAAUUAACAGACUGGUGACUCGCAUUAAAUAUAAUAAUGACAAGCCCUGGUUUAAUGCCAAAUUGAAACAGCUGCGCCGGUCUAAAGAGGUAGCAUAUAGAAGUGGGGAUCGGGCACUGUACAACCAGGCAAGGAACACCCUAACCAAAGAGAUCAAGGCUGCAAAGAAGAACUACUCCAACAAGCUAAGCAGCAUGAUGUCCAAAAAUGAGCCAUCAACCGUCUGCAGAACAUCACCAGCUACAAAAGGCCACCUACACAGACAAUGGGAGAUCGUCAACUGGCUGCAGGUUUGA